UGUGGCCGCUUGGAAUGGCUAGUUCCGGGUUCUUGGUUCCUCAUUCAGAGGUUUCGGGGAUCCUGAGCCAUGCAGUCACUGCCCCCCGGGGACCUGGAGUGUCUGGAGCUGGUGGGGUGCGGGGGGUUCGGCCUGGUGUACCGGGGAUGGAGCCGCACUCUGGGCACAGAGAUAGCUCUGAAAAUGAUCCAGGGGGAGAGAGGGGAUGAUCCAAGAGAUUUCAUCAAGGAGAGAGACAUGAUGCAUAAAGCAAACUACACGUAUGUCCUCCGACUUCUUGGCAUGUAUGAGAAGCGAGAUGGAGAGCAGAUAGAGUAUGGCCUAGUGAUGGAAUACAUGCACAAUGGCUCUCUUCGGACCCUGUUUGAUAAGGUCCCAGAUGUCCCAUGGGCUCUAAGGUUUCAGAUACUCCAUCAGGUAGUCCUUGGUAUGAAUUAUCUCCACCACGUUCUCAAUCCAUCUAUAAUUCACCGAGAUCUCAAGCCCCGGAAUGUCCUUCUUAACAAGUACUUGGAUGUACAGAUUACGGAUUUUGGACUGGCUAAAAAUGCAGGCUCCGCUACCACCUCAUUAAACCAGUCAGGGCCGGGCACGAUAUCGUACAUGCCACCCGAGUCUUUAAGAGUUUUAAACUACAAGCCAACAAAAAAGUUUGAUGUUUACAGCUUCGCCAUCUUAACGUGGUCGGUUCUGUCAGGUCAGGAGCCGUAUGAGGUUGCAGACAACAUGAUGAUUAAACUGCUUAUACCGAAUGGCAGCAGGCCAGACAUGGACCUGGUUAAAAAGUGGACUUCUGAGAAGAUGGUUCCAGAAGCUAUUGAGCUGAUGAUGGAAUGUUGGAGUGAAGAUCCAGAAACAAGACCCAGUUUCUCUGAUUGUAAACCAAAGACUUUGUCCAUGAGCCGGGCUUAUGCUAAAGAUAUAUACCAAGCUAUCCAGCAGGUUCUGGAUUUUUUCAGAAGUAUGUCCACAUCCCGCAGGGCUUCCAAGGUAGACGAUGUCCCUGAUGGUGUUAAUGUGUCGUCUAUGACCGAUUUAUCAGACAUCACCGGUUCCUUCGCCAUUCAGGUAUACCAGGAGAUUCUUAAUGGAGUUGAAUCAAAACCACAGGUUGAACCUUUUGAAGAACCCAUUGAUUCUGGAGAAUUUCUCAGAAAACACUUUGCUACAAUUGUCAAUGCCAACCCUGAUAUCACCUCUAUACUCGAUGACUUAUUCUCUCAGAAGAUCAUAAGCCAGGAGGAGUUGAGCACGAUCGAAGCCAGUGGAACUAGUCAAAACCUAGUGAGGGCAACGCUGCUGAACAUAAUGAACAAAGGCAGGAGAAGUUCAGAUGUUUUCUUACAACUGCUGAAAUUAUACAGUUCUUCAGUUAUGGAUUCCCUGACAUCGUAGAGCAGAAACCACCUUCCCUCUACGUCUCAAGGUAUCAGUGCCGACCUGAAGUCUUCUUCAACCUGUCCCGCAGUUGUCAUUAUCUGCCAGGGAAUAGGUUGUAUUGCUUAGAGUGCCGUUUACCUGUGUCAGCCACUACUGCCUUCAACUCCGAUAGGUGAAUGUUUGUUUUAAAGAAUGUUUCAAAUUGCACCAGAAUGAAGGAUUCAUGUUUGUCUUUUCUUUAACCCCUUAAGGACACAUGACGUGUGUGACAUGUCAUGAUUCCCUUUUAUUCCAGAAGCUUGGUCCUUAAGGGGUUAAUGAGCUUUCACCGUUACGAUGUAAAUAGCUUUCCUAUUUUAACACGUCUUUUGAGAAAUUUAUCGACAUAAAAUGUAAACGUUUAUAUCAAACUGUUAACCAACCAUUUCCUUGUAUUUGUUACGUUUUGGAAAU